UGUGAAUUACACUUUAUGAAAAAGAAGCACACAUCAGAAAUAAAGUAAUAAAUAAAUACGUAAAUCACACAAAAGCUACUAUGGAAAAGGCAAAAACUGCUUCGGAGAAGUUGGCGGAACGCAAGGCGCGUCUUCAUGACCUACACAAACAACGACAAGAGGCGCGCACCCAAAACCACCAGGAAGUCGUCGCAGAAGAUGCACGCAAAAAACUGCCCAGCAAUUGGGAAGCACGUAAAAGGCAAGCGGAAUGGUUGCUGGCAGAUGAUAAAGCACGGGCGGAGGCAGAAUCUACUGGCAAGGACUAUGAGCGCAUGAAGCUGCUGGACGUCUCUGCCGUGGAUGCGGAACGCAUUGAGAAGAAGAAGAAACGCAAGGAUAAUCCCGAUCUGGGCUUUUCCACAUUCGAGGCGCAGACUGCGAGGCAGUACAACAGACUGGUUAAAGGUAUGCCAGCCCGCGAUAUGGCCAAGUAUGAGAAACAAAAGGCCGAACUGGGUGAAGCCUUCUAUGGCGGUCCAAACACAACACUUCAUCUGCUCACCAAGGACACGCCGAGUGCGAUUAACAACAUGGUCAAGGACUUGGAUCAGCAAAUUGAGCGCAGAAAGAAGUAUUCCAGAAGACGCAUCUACAACGAUGACGCCGACGUGGAUUUCAUCAACGAGCGCAACUCGAAGUUCAACAAGAAAUUGGAUCGAUUCUACGGCGAGCAUACGGCGGAGAUCAAGCAAAACCUCGAGCGCGGAACGGCAAUUUAAACUUGCUUUUUAUCAUAACAAAUUACUAAUAGUUAAAUUUAAAUAUAAGCAGAUAUACUUUGUAAGUGCAUUGUAUCCCCAACAAACUCAAAGUACAUGUACACGUAUCUAUUCGUUGUACAUAUUUACAUACGAAAAGACAAUUGAAUUUUCAUAAUACCAUGUAUGGGAAUCAAGUUAUUUUGUAAUAAAGCUACGCAAAAUCAGUUAAUGUGA